CUCAAUCUCGCAUGCGCAGACGAAUUAACAUGAAGUACACGGAGAAAAGUGUGCUGGACGCUGAAUGGUUACGGUUACUUCAAGUUUAAUUUAACCCCAAAUGAAGUCUGUGAGUUACUAAUUUUAGGAGCUGAUAGUGAUUCACGGGGAAACCGGUAAGUCUUUUAACCGCUAAUCGCCCUCCGUGAGGCGGGUCGAAUAUUUUACUUACUUAGGCGGUCUCCGCAAGUCGAGGAAGAGCCUUAAGUACGCGGAGAGAUAGAUAGAUAGAGAGAGGGAGAGAAAAGACAGAGAUAUUCAGUGACGAACAGGGUGGUCUUGUUUGUUGCAUAGCAACCAGUGUUAUGGAGUGGCUAUAUUAGUAUAACAAGUCAUCUCGUUGAACACGACAAAUAAACGGAGAGAAAGACAAGGAACGGAUAUUUUCACCUCUCGCCUUUCCCUCAACGACGACACUCACGACAACGGCAUAAUUAACGUGCGAGCAAAACUGAACGGGAACGUGCUGGGAGUUUUUGUAAUGAGGUCUUCUCAACAAGGAACAUGUGUUGAGCCAACGAGCACAAAAUUACUCAAGUAGAGAAAGAGAGACAGCGAGCACUGAAAUUGGGGUUUACAAUCUCCAACACUAAACGUACGAGUUCGAUAACGCCGGCUCUCUCUUUCUCUACCUGUCGAUUCCACACUUCACUGUGUAAUGAGGAAUUAUUGAAUAGAGGCAUUACACGAAGAUAAACCCUCCCCGAUUAUAACACAAGGAUUGCAUCGGAUUAAUGGGCCUGAGCCGCGAAGCCCAGAACACACACACGUAGCGGGAGGGCCGACCAACACAAAGAAAGGUUAUACUAAUUUAUAGCGUUGUCGCGGCGCGUUACAUUUAGGAGCAGGGGCGACCCGUGUUUCGAAGUUCAGCUGCCGUUAAGUCCGAGGGGGAAUAUAUUGACACAGCGUGGCUUAAAGGGGACCAGACAGAGGUCGGGGGACGAGAGAACCAGCGAAGAGGGAGAAAGACAGAGAGCGAGGGACUCAAGGAUCACAGCGCACAGAGUUUCGCCGUGGAUACGACGACAGGCGAAUUGUAGAAGAUAGAUUGCCUGAGUUUUAUCUGUAUGUUCACUUAUGAAAAUCGAGGUGUGUGUUUUCAAAGAAAGUUAAAUUGGCUAUCCUUGUCCGAACAGUAGAAAGUGUUACGUUGUAGAGGACGCUGUUGUUGAAGAAAAGUUGCACGGCAAAGACAGACGAAGGAAUUACAACGAGAAGAGACAGAGGGAGACUCGUCUUAACCUCUUCACACAGAACGCGAUAAAACUUCGUUUGAGAUCUACGUAAACUAUUUCUCAGCGACGGCGUGUAUUCAACGUGCGCCAAGAGAACGGUGAUUCAACAAACGGACACCGCCGUAAAACAGGUACACAUUAGGAGAGGGGCUUUGUAUGCUGUAAUAUUCAGCAGCUUAAACGGCUCAACUGACCAGCGGCGUCCAGUGUAUGUUUGUGGUGGACAAAGUUUACUCACACAGGAAGUACGUACGGGGAUAUUACAGGCUUAGGCUGUGAUACCUGCAAAACACGUGCCAUAGGGGUCCUACACGUAAUACUCGUGCUGCGGAAUUUCUACGGGUGAUUAUCCGCAGAGCGAAGGGAAUUGUUGUGUAUUUUAUUCUACAAGUUUUAUAUCGAUCUACACGUGUUGGAAGAAGUGAGUGGAUUAGUUUGGUUUUCUACAGAUUUUGUAACGAUCUGCUUAGAUAUAGGAUUUUUCGCGAAAGUCUGUGCCUUCUACACUUAUCGGACGGAGAAGUUUUAUUGCCUAAUUAUCUACGGAAUUUAUAUCUACAGUUGUUAAUUGAGGAGGAUUUGUCGUCCUACUUGGCAUAAAUCGUACGAGUGUUCUGAAAAAUUGGGUUUAUUUUGACUUCGAACUCAAAGAGGUUUAUCAAGAUUUAAAAUUCUGUUGAAUGAGAAAAGUGCCGUGUGUGUAAUAUUGAGGGAAUUUAGAACAAAGGUCUGCCUUUUGGACAAGGAAAGGGAAAAGUUUGUUUUCAUGAUGUACUGCAGAUUUCUGAUAUAAGCACAUAGAAACGGGGCGAAUAGGAUUAAGCUUGCGUAACAGUCUACAGGUGGAGGAAGUUUUAGCGAAUGAAAAAAAGACAAAACGUUAACGAAACGCACACAAUUAAAGGAAACUGAUUAACAAAGAGCGAACUAAAGGAAAGAGUUUUUGUGAGAGAAUCCACUGCAGUUUGAGAGUAUUUAUAUUUAUAUUAUUGUCGAUUUCGUUGCAGUUCGUUAAGUAAAAGAAAACUGAUUUUUACAUCCAGUAAGCGGAUUGUUUCAUCCAUCUGGUAGAUUGAGACAAAAGAUCGGUUUGUCCUUGCCACAGACGACUAAGCGUGGGAAGACAGUUCAUUAAAACUUCAUCUCCUUCAGCAAUAAAUGUGCGGUGAAUAUUUUAUUUUAGAUCCUAGUUCAGUCAGAGCGGACAGUAUCAUAAAAGCACAGCAUUUUUGAUAUCGCCUAAGCCAGGACAAAAAAUUCUUGUUUUAAAUUUGUUUUUAACCUCAGUUCAUCACAAAUCGAUUCUCCACCAACAUGGAAACGUCUCACAGACUUCUAGGGAGCUUAAUCGCCUUUUUGGCGUUCCUUACACUCAGUGGACAUGCUUUUGACAGUGGCUUCUACGCCGACAACGGCGUUUACCAAACGAUAGCCGUGGAUCGAAUGAGACGGAAAGAGCAAAGAGAAAUGCAACAAGAAAUUCUCACUCUUCUGGGACUGCACCAUCGGCCGAAACCGUUAACUCACGGGAGUGCAGAAUCAGCGUCCGCGCCCAAGUUCAUGUUGGAUUUGUAUAACACGCUUAAAGAAGAGGACGGUUCGAUUGAUGAGAAGUUGUUCACGGACGCGUUAAAGGAGAGGCAUUUGAACAGCAGUUUGGGGAAUGUGAAGACCAUUGACGACGCUGACAUGAUCAUGAGCUUUGUGAAUCACGCCGAGACUCAGCGGCCCAUAAUACGCCAUGAGAGAGACAGGCGGUUUUACUUCGACUUCAGCGAGGUGCCACUGGAGGAAACGAUUACCGGAGCCGAGCUGAGGUUGUAUAAAACACCGGUAGAGGGCGCGCUGCCGAAUACCUCGUUUACCAUUCAAGUUUACAGAGUAGAACAGGGACAAGAUCCAGAAGACAAAUUCCUUAGGAUCGAAUCCAACCAAACUGUACUGGCAUCUAUGGACGGAUGGAUCCUCAUGAAUGUCACACAUGCUGCCACCUUGUGGCAAGCUUUUCCAGCAUACAACCUGGGACUAUUUCUUUCUGUCCACAACGAAAAAGGAGAAGAUGUUCACCCUUGGGAAGCUGGGAUAGUUGGAAGAAAGGGAGCAGACGACAAGCAGGCAUUCCUGGUCUCCUUUUUCAAAACGGCACAAGAACUCCACGUUCGUCGCACGAGGGCAGCACGUGCCGCUAAGCGGAAAAACCUCGAAAUCAGUUACCCUGACGAGCCCCUACAGAUGUUUGCGCCACCUUCAUAUAACAUAAAGUCAUGCAAAAGAAAAACACUUUAUGUCAGUUUUAAAGCCCUUGGGUGGCAGGACUGGAUUAUCGCUCCGGACGGAUACUCAGCGUUCUAUUGUGACGGCGAGUGUGCUUUUCCACUGAACGCUCAAAUGAACGCCACAAACCACGCCAUAGUUCAGACUCUAGUUCACCUCAUGGAGCCGGAGAAAAUUCCAAAACCGUGCUGCGCCCCCACCAAACUGACGGCCAUUUCGGUGCUGUACUUUGACGACAACUCGAACGUGAUUUUGAAGAAAUAUCGCAACAUGGUUGUCAAGUCUUGUGGAUGUCAUUAGCAGCGGGACUUUUUUGAAGCAGGAAUAUUUUUUUAAAAAUUGAUCCAUCACCUUCUUGUUUCUAUCAAGAAAUCCCUAUGCCAACUCAAGUUAAAACUGAUGUUUUAUUUAUAGUGUAUGUAUCUUAUAUUGUAAAAGAACUGUAAAUGGCACCUUUUUUAAACACAGUUCGAUGGUACAAAUAUAUGGACUCAGGUUGACUUCAGCAAGUGCAUAGUUUGACAAACAAAAACGUUCUCCAUAUCGCGAGAUCUCGAUGUCACCAUGGCAACGUCGAUUUCACGAGAAUCAUCCGCGGGGUCAAGACUUCAGUCAUGGAAAGGGUUCAACAGGACUUCAGUUUAAGUUUCCAUUAACCUUUAUUUAUGUAAAGACAGAGUCGAAAAUGUAAAUUUUGUAAACAUUUUUCUCGACCGUUUUAAAGAUAACGAAAACAAAUGUUUUAACAAUGUAUAUAAAUAUCCAUGUAUUUUUAUGAAAUAAACUAUAUUUGUGAAUC